UCGGCGCACAUACAGACUGCAGUUGGACACGCCGGCUCCGAAAGCAGCAAAGGUUUAGACAGAGUCCACCUGGAGUUAUCUUGGUCUUUUUCCCCUCAGCAGCCUAUGAGAGGCUGCAGCAGCACACAGUACAUUCAGUCUUUGGUUUAAUUAGACAAUCUGCUGUGACUGGCGGCUGUCUGUAGCUCAGAUGCUGGGAGACAAGGCUCACGGCGUGACUUUGAAGGUGAUGGAAUACACAUACGAUGAUGACCUGGAAGAGCUGUGUCCAGUGUGUGGAGACAAAGUGUCUGGAUAUCACUACGGUCUGCUCACCUGCGAAAGCUGCAAGGGUUUCUUCAAGCGGACCGUGCAGAACAACAAGAGGUACACAUGUGCGGAAAACCAGGAGUGUAAGAUAGACAAAACCCAGCGGAAGAGGUGUCCGUUCUGCCGCUUCCAAAAAUGCCUCAACGUCGGGAUGCGCCUUGAAGCUGUGCGUGCAGAUCGGAUGCGUGGGGGGAGGAACAAGUUUGGCCCCAUGUACAAGAGAGACAGGGCCUUGAAGCAGCAGAAAAAGGCUUUGAUACGAUCCAACGGGUUCAAGCUGGAGACCUCGGCCCCCCCACCUGCCUCCCCUCUGCAGACUGACUACAGCUUUACUGGCCCCCUACAUGCUCUGCCCACCAUCUCUAAAAGUCUUCUGCCGUCCACCCCGAGCUCCAUCACCUCUACAGACUACGAGGCCAACCUCUAUGGACCUACAUCACUGGGCAUGGCCAUGCAGUCCCAUGUGCCCCUGACUCCCCAGUAUCAGUACACAGCAUUCCCCAACAGGGCAAUUAAAGCUGAGUGCCCAGACUACACUAGCUCCCCUGAGUCCAUCACAGGAUACCCCUACCCAGAGGUCUACCCCUCAGCCUCUCCACAGCCGCCCAGCCUGCCACCUCUGGUGCUGGAGCUGCUCCGCUGCGACCCAGACGAGUUGGUGGUGCAGAACAAGAUUGUGACUCACCUGCAGCAGGAGCAGAGUGGCAGGGGCCGGAUUGACAAGCCCAGCACCUUCAGCCUGAUGUGCCGCAUGGCGGAUCAGACCCUCUUCUCCAUCGUGGAAUGGGCCCGCAGCUGCAUCUUCUUCAAGGAAUUGAGGGUGGGAGAUCAAAUGAAGCUGCUUCACAACUGCUGGUCGGAACUCCUGGUCCUGGAUCAUAUUUUCAGACAAGUUCAACAUGGAAAGGAAGACAGCAUCCUGCUGGUGACUGGCCAGGAGAUUGAAAUGUCCUCAAUUUUGUCACAAGGAGAGACAACACUGUCCAGUCUGGUCCAGAGAGGUCAGGAGCUUGCAGCGAGGCUGCGGGUGCUGCAGGUGGACCGCAGGGAGAUGGCCUGUCUCAAGUUCCUCCUUCUGUUCAAUCCCAACGUGAAGCUGCUGGAGAACCAGGCCUUCGUUGAGGGCGUGCAGGAGCAGGUGAACGGGGCUCUGCUGGAGUACAUCCUGUCCACCUACCCGCAGUUUCAGGAGAAGUUCAGUCAGCUGGUGGUCCAGCUGCCUGACCUGCGCUCCCUCAGCACGCAGGCUGAGGACUACCUGUGCUUCAUGCACCUGAGCGGAGAGGUGACCUGCAACAACCUGCUCAUUGAGAUGCUGCACGCUAAGAGAGCGUGCGUGUGAACAAUACACACACACCAAUGUGCUAUCAACAAGUGUUACAUUUCUGUAUGAGACUGCAUGUGUGUGUGUGGGCAUGUGCGUGAGAAUGUGUGUGGGAAUGAAAAAUAAAAGGUGAAAAGGGUUCACACUGGGUCAUCUUUGUUAGGGCUUUUCCUAAGGUUGAAGGACGAAAAGAUGUUUCAGAUGUUUGGACUUUAAAGGUUUUGAAUGUUUCCAUCUUCAUAUCCUGCACAGCUACUUUAUCAUGACCUUAAAACUGGAUUUUCUACUCUUAUUACAAACAUCUGAAAUCGGGUUUAUGAGGGAAGUUAGAGUAAACAUGAAUAACACGUUAAACUUAUUGUACAUUUCCACAGAGCUGCAGAGCUGAUGUCUGUUUGUGGCUUUGCAGUUACCUGUAAGUUUCCACUUCCUGAUGCCUCUGAGUUUCAGCUGGGAACUCUUCUGCUAACUGGCUGGAGGUCUGCCUGUAUUCCAGGCCCUUUUCACAACACAUUUUGUUUCCUUCCUUCAGAAAUCGCAUUUGCCUGCAACAAUGUCUCCUAUAAAGAAGCUUCUUUUGGGUGCAAUGCGAAGCAUAGAUUAUUUUAUUGUAGUAAAACCAGAACUUUAUAAUUGUUGUUGGAAAAAGUAUAAUGUAUCAAGGACUUCAGAGAGGUGCUGAUCAUUGUGACAAUCAAAAAUCUAAACGUCACAAACCUCAUUCCUGUGAGCAGUUUUUAAGCUUUAUAGAAUCUUGUCCCUUUUUAAAUGCCUGGAAGCUGUAAAUUAAUUAUUUGCCAAAGUGGAAAAAACAAAAAAACAAAAAAACAACUCAAAAUGGACUGUGUGACAUUUGUGUCCAGUUUUUGAACAUACUUUAAAAUAAGAUGACACACUGGACUUGUCAGACCAGAAAGGAAUGCACUUGAUAUCUUUAACUUGACAGGCAGUCUAAAUGUAAAAGCCUCAUCAUGUUCUGUAGAGUUGAGUUUUCAUCUAUUUAUUUAAAACAUUAUAUAUCCAAAACUUUUCUUAAUGGAAAACAUUCCUAUUGAACCGAACCAGGUUCAAAAGCAGACUAAAAAAUAAAAAAGCGAGAGACAGAAAGAGGAAGAAACUGGACACUGAUUAAGAAAAGCUAAUUUGAAGGAAAUUAAGAAAACAGUAAUCUUUGGUCAGAUAUAAAAACUAUGCGCAAGUCAAGAACAUAAAAAAGAGGGCAAAGUCAUGAGCAAAUGUGAGGAGACAGAAGAUAAAAAAAGCAGCAGUUUAAAGAUUCGAACAGUAAAGACAGAUUGUGUAAAUAGGCAUCCUUCAGUUUUCCCUGAAAGCACAGAUGGGUCAGGGUGAGAGGGAUUGUUUGGCCACAUAUUGACUCCAUCUUAUUUACAUAGUUUAUUAAUUGAGUCCUGAAAGCAACUGGACCUCAGAAAUUAUAUUUCAUGCACACUCAGUUUUCAACACAGCAAAGCAAAGAUGAACUCUUUGUGAACAUUGACUAAAUUUGGCUUCCUGUUUACUUCACAGCAACGAAACGCAUCAAAAAGACUAAACGGCCACACCUCAGGGUGACCUCUGACCUUACCCACAUUCACUGGUCUCCUGGGCUUCUUUACUUCUUAUUCUGAGACAAAGAGAAAAGGAUGACUUUGCAGAAGUACAGUGUGUCACAUUACAAACUUUAGAAAGGUUAAAAGAUUAAUGAGAUUUUAGACAUAGACACUGAAAUGUUCUAUUACUUUUACAGAGUGUCUGUACAUCUAAUACACUUGUAGUUUAACAGAUCCUCAAGUGGAUUUAGAUUGGGCUUUGACUGGGCCAUUCUACCACAAGACAGUCCCAUUCCACUGCAAGCCUGGCUGUGUCCUCAGCUGGGCUUCUUGCUGGGAGGAGAAGUUAAGCUUCAUUUGAUCCAGCAGUUUUUUUUUUUAACAAACUCUAUCCAUCUUUCCCUGCUGAGGAAUACUAUACCAGCAUACCACUAGUUCAUCCAAAUUUAACCCGUUUUUCUCAGCAGGUGGCAUAUGAUGACCUCAUCAUGACAAUAUAUUAGCUUUUUGUUCUGUUUUUUCACCAAUCUCAUUAAUCUUCCUAUGUGUUUGGAGGAAUUGUUUGAAUUGGCACAUCAAAACAAAUAGAAUAAAAAAUGAGUUAUUACACAGGAUUAUUACACACAUGUUAACACACGUUAACCUGAGUACCAUCAGCUGGUGCUUUCUGUUUUAUCACUGUCACAUAUAGCAAUGUGCGGCCAUCUGUCCAGUUACACUACUUACUGAUUGACUAAGGGGUUUUAUGGUUUGUUCCAUCUGUUUUUAGAAUGACAAAAACAUUCAUCAGAUUUGAUGAUCCAGUUUUUAUCUGGGAUUUUAUUUUGCCAUGGAGGAUGCAGCCGGGUAGCUGAUGGGAGGCUAGUUAGUCUCGAUAAAAUUGCACGUCAGUCUUUUCAAAACAAGGAAAUAAGUGAAAGAAAGUUACAUAUUUUAGCGCUGUGAUCGUUACUCAUUAAAUGCACAGUUUGCACUGAUUGGAUUUAAGUUCCAGCACCAUCACUGGAACUCAGCAUUCAGCUGCAAACUGAAUUUUUUUGUGUUUUUUUUUUCCCCCCUUCAGGGGCCUUUUUGUGGGCUCUAGUGUCCCUUAUAUGACAGUAGACUGACAGGAAGGGGGUAAGGAGAGGAGGGAAGUCAUGCGGCAAAUAUUGUCGGGUAAGGACUCAAUCCUGCGACGGCCGCGUCGAGGACUAACGGCCUCCAAAUAUAGGUCGUGUGAUCCCCUAUGCCACCAGAGCAGCCCAGCUGCAAACUAAAGUUAAACAAGUAAACAGUGAGGCUGAACUUGUGAGCCCACAAACAACCUUCCCUUCCCAAAACCCUCCUGUGUUUCUGGAACUUACUCUGUUAAACUUGUGUUUUGUCCCACACUGGUAUCCUAAGUUGUGCUAAAAAAAGGAAAGAUAAAAAACACAUUUAAAAGCACUCUAAUAGAACCGGCAGUGACAAUAUUUUCUGCUCUCGUCUGUCACCAGAGUCAGAGAAAACAAAGAAACAUGGCGGUGUUUGUAUUAUUGUGCAGCUCAACUUUCUUACUGUUGCCAUGUCAGAUUAGUUCUUGUUUGCCAUUUCAAGGUAUUGAUGACAAUCAUUCCGUCUGCCUUAAUUCAGUGACUGCCUGAACACACACAACACACACACACAACACACACACAACACACACGCACACCUUGGAUUUCCAGUGGAGACAACCGCCAUCACUCUGUACAGUAUAUUUAUGUUGUGAAGUGAAUAUAUACUACAAUAUGAGGACACAUUCAACACAAAAAAUAUCUGCUUUAUGUUGAGGUCUAAGCGCUACUGUUGUGGAACUGAUUCUCUUGGUAUUGUUUUUGGUUCUCGCUUUGUUCUCCUUUUUUCUUGUGAGUCCAUCUUAAACUGAAAUGUGUUUCUCUGAACAGAGAAAUUGACCACAUUUUUCUUUAGAUAUAUUUUAUUGUAAUAGCAAAAACUCAAUAAAUUCAACAAAGAGUAAA